UGCUGAUCUGGAUGCUGAAGGAAGACGGGUAUCUCUGUGUACGAUUGUGAUGGGGAGGGCGGAUCUCAUAUAGUGCAAAACAGACACAACUAAAACGAGACUUGUGGAGGAAUGGACAGUCCAGAGAGUGACGAAGAAGGCUGGUAUCAGAACGAUCUGAUACUAGCCGCCCAGCUGGGGAAGACGUUACUGGAGAGGAAUCGAGAUUUAGAGAAUCAAAUUUUCCAGUACCAGCAGAUUAACGCAGAUCAAGCCUGUGAAAUUGAGAGUUUGACCAAACAGUUAGACGCUCUGCGGGACGUCAAUGACUCGCGGAUGAAGAUCUAUGAGGAACUAGAUCGUACGAGUCAAGAGAUGGAGAAGCUGAACCUGUCGUUAACUCAGCAGUCCCGUUCUGACAAGGAGAGGAUCCAGAGACUCUGUUCGGCCGUGGAUGACCUUGAGAUGAGGUGUGAAGAGCUACAGGUCAAGGCCGAUGAGGCAAAAGCAUCAGAGAGAAAGAGUAAAGAGAAGAAGAAAAACUGGAGUUUUCCGAAUUUACCGGAAGCGCUAGCUUUGGAUUUGCGUAAGAAUUUGUACAAUGACUCUCUGGGUUGGACAUAUGUUGAUCAGUUCCGAUCUCUGCCACAAAACCCUUACGAGGUGGAAAUUCGGCGAUCUCAGGAAAUGAUCAGAAAUAUGCGGUCUCAGGUUACAGUGGAGAGAAAGAAAAAUGGUGAACUAGAAGAAGUGAUAGGGAACCUGGAGCGGGAAAAUCAAAGUCUGGAAUCAAGGAAUCGGGAACUGGAGCAGAAGAUAACAGAGGCUAAAGAGAGGGAAGUGUAUUUUGAAGUAGUGCAAUCAAAAUAUGAGCAACUAUGCAAAAUAUUCGGUAAUGAUGCAGGUUUAACGCAUGCGCAUAAGAGAGGUAUAAUAGAAAGUGACGUAGAGCAUGACGACCCUCAGGUCAGUAGUGAGGGCAGGUAUGCUAAACUGGGGGACGGGGGUAGUGUAUAUGGGAGCAGUGAAUCCAUCAGCAAGGUGGUGAGUGAGACUGGCGAGAUGGCCCCGUCUGCAAACUCCGAAGGUGAGAAUGUAGAGGGAGGGGUGUCCAUUUUGAAUGAGAUAAGUGCCCAGUACACAGCGCUUAUUCAGCAGUAUGAAGAACUGCUGACCACGCUCAGUAAGAGACCGGAUGAAGAGAGUAGAGCCUCCAAAGUGGUGGUCGCCAAACUUCAUAAGGAGGUACAAACAUUAUUUAACCUCAGCCUUCAAAAAACAGUGCCUAAAACGGACACUGCUACAUCGCCUAUUGAAAGUGUGCCAACGUAUAAGGCCUUGUUCAAAGACAUAUUCGCCACGCUGAAAAAAUCUCAGAUAGAAGAAGAAAAGGAAAACCAAGAUGAAGAUGCUCUUCCCGGAAGUAGUAUUGUCGCCCGGAGCAAAUCAGCAGACACGCUGGCCUCCACGACUUCAGGAGCUACUCAGUCUAAAGACAAAGGCGGCCUAGCCAAAAAACGGGCAACUUCCAAACCGGCACUAAACAAAUGAUAGAAUAAUGUUUUAUGUUAGCAGAUUAUUGUUAAUAUAUCUCGUACUGUACUUUAAAUGCUUCAGUUUUUAUGGGGACAAAACGUCCUUGUUGAUAAGAUUUCCCGGGAGUUGUUUUGUCUGUAUGUGGUGGUAACCAGCAACUAAGUUUUGAAGCAGAAUAUCUCGUACAUAGUUGUGGAAGGUGGGAUUUAGCGGUAGACUGUCUGCAUAUGAACUAUCACACUCUCGAUAACUCUAUAAAGCUACUCUCCCCUGACAAAGAAGAUUACAAAACCUUUCUUGCAAAAAUGGGGCAUUUCUUUAUGGCUAUACAGUAUAUAUUAGGUUGUAAGAAACCAUUAUGAUCCAUGUUUCGGUGUAAUUAGAUUUAUGCACGCUUGUGUUGUCUUAUUUAUGUAGACAUGAAUGUUCUGGUCUUACAUAUCUUGUAAAUGUUUUUACAUUCAAGUUACAAUUUGUUUUAUUUCCUCAAUGUGCAGUAGCCAAGGUUUGGGAUUUUCCCUCGGCUCCACACGGUGUAAUAUUCUCCUGUAUGCGUUUCACCACCGAUAAAUACCCACCCUCCUCUUCCUUAGACCAGAUGUUUCUUUUUUAUAUGUAUGAAUAUGUGAAAUUUGUUAUAUGUUUAAAUACUAACAUCCUAAGUCAGUGUGUUAGGAUGCUAAGUCGUCAGACAUACUGUGAUUGGUUUGUUCUCCUUUGCAGUAUUGUAAGUUAUUUUUCUAUAUAAGGGAAUAUCUUACGCAAAUGAUCAUGUUAAAAGUGUCACAGAAGUACAGUUUAGAGGCAGACAGAUAGCAAAUGUCUUUUUGACUUGGCAGUAUACGCGUUAAAUAGAGAGAGUUUUGGCACCCAAGACGCUCUAAACUGACGGCAUUGGCGCGCUUGCAGAUGUCUGAACACUGUAUUUCUGCAGUAAAGUUCGCCGUGAAUGUGACAAGCAGUUACGCUAAGGACCACUGUGUACCGACUUUUACCACGAAGCAAAUCAUUACGUAGCUGUCAUUUCCAAAUACUUGUUGAUGGUCACUCGUUACAGAAUAAUCUCCUAAUUUUGGGUUCUAUGUCCACUUAAUGUUUUCGUUUCCAGGAAUUCUGGGAAAACAAUGUUAAAUAUCACUAACAAUUGCCUAAAUCCUGAUGGACGUUGUUUUCAAAAGCAGUUAGAAUGUAUGUAUCUGACUACUCUAAAACACCACUAGAUAAAGCAAUAGAUAAACGGAUGACCACAAACUCAUUUUCACGUUAUCACUAACCUAGAAGCAAAAAGCGUUUUAACGUAUCCGUUGUACUCUUUUUUUUUUCAAGCUGGAUUAGCUUUCGUCCCAUUAUUGUAAAAUGCUAUGGUUUGUACCUUUUGUCCUUUCGCAGAUUGUUUAUAAAAAUGAUUCCCAUGUAUUGGCUUAUAUCUGACUCCGGUUUGCUCGUGCUAGUUGUUUAUAUGGUUACUUAUUACAAGGGUUAUUAAUUGUGACAAAACAGUUGCCCUGGUUAUAAUAGAAACCAGGUUGGGUAGAUCCCCAAGAAUGUGUGUUUGUUCAGAUUUCAAGAUGGUGUAUAAACCAAAGAAAUAUUUGAUGUAAUGUUUAACGCUUUGUGGCUUUGAAUUUUCGUUUAUUACAUAUGGUAAUAUGUAAAUGUAUCCAGACUCCAUACGUCUUCAACAAACUCAAAUAGAAAGGCCAAUUUCAACUGUUGUUGAAUAAAAUUGUAUGUCCGCAGAA